AUGACCAAAGAAGCGCGCGAGGAGCAUCACCGGCCGGAAAGAUAUACCGACGCUUUUGACAAAGUCCAUCGCGCCAAAAACCAAAUUCACUGGGUUUUCCGGCGCGGCGAUCUCAUGUAUCAGUCCAAGCCCCUUUCUAGGAGCGUGACGCUAGUCCAGAAGAUUAGCGUGACGGGCGUUCGGAAAGGAUCUGUCAGAAUCGUCGUUUCACGAAACAACGACGCUGACACAAAGUUUUCCCAAUAUUCAGAGGAUCAUUCCGAAAACAAUGAUAUGCAGGUCACGGACCUAGACUAUGACUUGGCGACACUCGAGGAUGACCACGACCUAUUGGCUCGGGUGAUGCAACGGAGCGAGGGAUAUUAUCGCAUCGUCCUACAUUUGGACAUCAAACUGUCCCAAAAUGAGCGAGUCGUCUUCGGCAUCAUCGCCGCCGUUGUUAUUGUAAUAUGGACCAGUAUUUGGCUCUGGUUCCAGAGGGAAACGUGGCGCGAUCCCAGCGGUCUGAACAGGGAUUCGAUCAACUACAAGCCCGUCGUGGCGGUGGAUGUAUCGGACAUCGAAAUGGGCCUUCGCGCCGACGAUGGCCACAGCGGCACUACCAUUGCCGGCCCCGCGGGCGCGGAUGGGAGCAGCGACCCAGCAAUUACCCUGAGACGCGUCAAUGAUAAAGAUUUCCGGAAGCCUAGCAAGAAGGUUACUGGCGAAGACGUCGAGGCUGUGACAGACCUGCUCAUAGAGAUGUGCAAGUGCGACCUCGACCUCUGGUCGAGUGGUUCGACCCGGGUGAAUCAAGCCCGUCGCAAGAAACUUGUAAAGGAGCAGAGCGACAUCAUCUGGACAGAGGUGCAAAAAUUGAUCGGCGAAUGGGAGGGUGUUGAGAACGGGCCAACGUGGAAACGAGAUGAGAGAAGACUGUUGGACAGCAUCGUGAAGAUACUUGAGGAGAUCGGACCCGAUCGACACAGCGAGAAUACCUCUUCUCGUCGAGCGCAGCCAGUUUCCGCUCGGCGAGCUCAGCUUGCAACCGCUCCUCAGGCCCAGCCUCUUCCCGUUCAUCAAGGCCGCCGGGUUCCGACUCCGCAAGCCCAAGAUAUCCCCACGCAUCAAGCCCGACUUUUUCCAUGCAUCAAGCCCAGCCUAUCCCCACGCAACAAGCUCAGCCUAUCCCCACGCAUCAAGCCCAACCUUAUUCCAUGUAUCAAGCCCAGCCUAUUCCCACGCAUCAAGCCCAACCUGUUCGGGCGCAGCAAACCCAACCUUAUUCCAUGCUUCAAGUCCCGCCUGUUCCCGCUCCUCGGAACCAACAUCCUACCCUUCACCACUCCCGGACUUUUCCCAAUAAUCAAGACCCGUUUCCUCUUGCCCAUGAAGCGCAACCCUAUCCCAUUCACCAAGCCCAGCACUUGCCAACACGUGGGACCCAAGCUCCUCCCAUAA